CUCUUAAUUAUCCAUUUAUUUUUAUGUAAUUUUUGUAUUUAAGUAGUAGUUGCAAUUUCAGUAACAAAAUGUCUAGAUUGUUCGAAUUGUCUGCUGUGACAGUGUUUAUGUGUUUUGUAGCACAUGCGUAUUGCAGGACAUGCGGAACAUCAUGGUUCGACGAUAUUGACUGGAAGAAGGUUAAUGAAAAAACAUGGUUUGAUGUUGUCGAUGUGCCUCAUAUACAGAAACCACUUGGAUGUUGGAAUUUUGAAAAUUUUACAAUUACCGAAGAUGAAGUAGCAGCCGCUGUGUGGGAAUCAAGCGUGGGGCGGAUCCGUUCAUAUCAACUACGUUUGGACCGUGGAUUUCAAUUUUAUCGAGCUUUGGAAUACAAUAUUGAAACAUUCGAAUCUUUGUACGACGACUUCGAACAACAAAACGGAAAAGUUGAAUCCAAGGAAGUUUUGGGUGAGGAAACACAGAAAUAUCUUGAUGCGGAAUGGACUUUUCUCACAGAUUAUGAAAAUUAUUUCAUUUUUGUUCUUCACUUCGAAUCGGACUGGGGAGCUUUUGUCAAGUCCUCAACCCCACAGAUCACAGUGGAGAAACUCCAAAUGAUUUCCAACGUAUUGGUUGCGAACGAGCUGCCUGUUUCAACGAUGGUGUUGAAGAAUGGAUGUGUUCGCGAACAGGAUCUCAGUCGUGAUUCGACUACGAUUGUUUUGAUGGAAUAAUUUUAUAUCAAGCAAAGUUAUUUUCUAAGUGCAAAACUUUUCAUGUUAGCUCAUUCAACUGGAAGUUGAAGAAAUCAUUAGUCGGAAUAGUAGUUAAUAUUUACACAGAAAAAAGAUAGCAAUUCAAUGGUUUUCAUUCGUUCAAAUCAUCAUUACAAAUGGAAAUUCAACUUGUUGGAUAUUGAACUUUUUGUUAUUAAACAAAUGUUAGUGAGCAAAG